UAACUUCCCGGUAACUACGAGCAUCGAUGCUGUCAGUGCUCCCCACAUCGCAAGGCCCAAUUCAUCGCCGAACUCUAUGUCACCGGCCGCCCUGUUCUCUCGGGCGCCCGAGGAUUGCGUCUUGCUUCCAACUCCUUUCAUCUACACAGUGACGAGUCUCUCUGGAACCACAUUUUCACCGCCACAAAAAAACGCAACAAAACAUACACUCACACAUUUCUCACACAUACACAAUCUAUCAUGGCCCAGGAUCCCCCCACCGAGAUGCGCCGCUGGCAGGUCGCCUCCCCCGGCGCCUUCAUCCGGGACCUCGCCCUCGUCACCGUCCCGACGCCCGCCGCCUCCUCCCUCAAGGCCAACCAGGUCCUCGUCCAAGUCAUCGCCGCGGGCAUCAACCCGGCCGACUACAAGUUCCCUGACCUCGGCCUCGUCGCCAAGGCCAUCAUCUCCUUCCCCAGGUGCCCCGGCAUGGACUUCGCUGGCCGCGCCGUCGCCGUCGGCCCCGCCAUCACCGACAUCGCCCCGGGAGACCUCGUCGUCGGCCGCGUCGACCCGAUGUCCGCCCAGGGCUCGCUGAGCGAGUACGCCAUCGCCGACCGCGACGGCGUCGCCUCCAUCCCCGCCGGCGCCGCCCCGGUCGACCUCGAGCAGGCCGCCGCCCUCGGCACCGCCGCCCUCACCGCCUACCAGACUAUUGUCCCCUACGUCAAGGCCGGCGACAAGGUCUUCAUCAACGGUGGCUCCGGCGGCACCGGCACCUACGGCAUCCAGAUCGCAAAGGCCGUCGGCUGCCACGUCACCGUCUCGUGCUCCACGGCCAAGGCCGACCUGUGCCGCUCCCUCGGCGCCGACGACGUCAUCGACUACAAGACGGCCGACGUCGUCGCCGACCUGCGCGCCCGCGGCAAGGUCUUCGCCGUCGUCGUCGACAACGUCGGCAACUCGCCGCCGAACCUGUAUAAGGCCUCCGAUGACUUCCUCCUGCCCGAGGGCCACUUCAAGUUCGUCGGCGGCGCCGUCUCGCUCGCGCAGGCCAAGAGCCUCGUGCCGGGCCUACUGCUGCCCGCGUUCCUCGGCGGCGCGAAGCACAAGUUCGAGGUGUUCGUCACCAAGAACUCGCACGAGGACCUGGCGCAGAUCGCCGCCUGGGUGGCCGAGGGCAAGGUCCGGACCGUCGUCGACUCGACCUUUGAGUUCGAGGACGCCGUCAAGGCCUACGAGAAGCUCAAGCAGGGGUCGGCCGCCGGCAAGAUUAUCGUGCGCGUCGCGAAGAAGGCCUGAUUUUUGGAAUUGGGUUUCUAUCGCCUUUUACUCGGGGAGAAGUCGAGCGGGAGAAGAGGAGGUUGUGUGAUUCAUACGAAUGGACGGACGGAUGGAGGGACUGACUAAUUAUGUGAUUCCCCGGGGAGCUUGUUGUUUCUUUAGGGCGUUUGUUUUUCUUGAGGGUGUUCUCCUUUUUCACUACAAAUAUCGGCAACAGCAUCAGUCGAUUUACGAAAUUGACGUCAGAUAAUAGCAUCCGUUCCACAGCCAUGUGUCGUUGACAACUGACUCCUUUGCAGUGAGCACUAAUGUAGGCACUAUUCUAGCUUGGACCCGUUCCCCUCGCCACCCUCCGCAUCUGACAUUGUCAUCGAGCACGAGCCAAGAACCUGGUUCAUCUCAUCAUCCUGCCAUGUGGUGGUGCCCGGACGAGCAUAAACAAACUUGGCGUGCACCCGCACCGCUGCAGCCGCUAUCAGAUAAUCAUCGACCAGCAGCAAUGUACCUCUGAUCCUUCGCCCACAACGAUCGUGUGCUGGGCUUCCGAGCCUCAUGCCAAGGGUAAGACACAUUUUACGUCUCAAGUCCGGCGUGGAAAGAACCUCAUCGCCGUGGGGCGACGGAGACUGAUAAACACACACACACACACACACACACACACACACACAUAAACAGUCACGCCAU